AUGGAGCUAGUAGCUGAUCAAUUCCAGCUUACCAUUGUGCUUUUCUUCACUAUCUUUUUGCUCUUAGCUUUUAAUCAGGCUCAAAAUGUAACGUACUGUGGUCAACCAAUCUCUGACGGUAAAGUAGUGAUCGAUGUCUCUUUCUUGGGAUUGCAUGUCCGUGCAGAAACUCGUAGUCUCUGUGAGGAAGCAUCCUGCCCUAUUGCUGCAGGCAACUUUAAGCUCUCGCAAUCCCAAACUUUGCCUGUCUUCACUCCACCAGGAUCUAACGCUCUUCAGAUGAUAUUGAAUGAUCAAAACAAUUUGGAAUUGACAUGCAUUGGUAUAAACUUCACGAUUGGAAUUGCUUCUUUGGCGUCUGAUAUAUAGUUGAGUUUGGACUUUGGAGAAUCAUUGAGUACUACACUGUCUCGGACUCUCCGUCUCUCUAUGUUCCAGUUGCCUCCUUACAAGAUCUCGGAGCAUUGUUUUAUUUCAGUGAGAUUAGCUCUCCAGAUGUGCAAGCAUUUUAUACAUGCAGCCUGAUAGCUUAACCAGAGCAGUUUAAUUAUCUGAAUAAAUGGCUUUUGGUUUUUGAGGGCACGCCUCCCUUUUGUUGUUUGCAACCUCAGCACCUUCCCUGAAAAGCUUGUGGCCGGAAAAUAGAGGAUAACUCAGAAGCUCAUGACUGGAUACUGCUGAAGAGCUGAUGAUUCACUCCUGGGAGAAAGCUUGUCUUACACUCUCCUCAUUGAUCCAACUGAGCCAUUCACCAAUCUUUCUGCUGGCUCUUCUUUUAAAACAAUACUGUCCCAGCUGCAUAACACAAUUCAAGUCCCUAAUCACACCCUAGAUAAAACCAAAAUUUAUGAUUCUUUUUCUCAGCCUUAAAACAACAGACCAAAAACUUUAUGCAAAGGACGUACCUUUGUUCUGGUCAUGUUGCAAAUUAGACAAAUUAUUCGGCUAGCUAGAUAACUACUAUAGA